CCCGUCCAGUUAGCUUGUUAGCAACUAGCUUGACCAGGAAAUGACGCGGAGCUGCCAAACAUUAAGCUGUUUUUUGUUGUUGUGAUUUGAGUUCAUUCUCGUCUGUGCAGUGGCUUACUGGUACACGUAGUAAGCUGGGUGAACGUUGAGCUCCAUGGCUGCUCAGAUCAACACGAAGCUAACGAGCAUGUGACCAGAAGACAUUGUCUACAGCACAUGAUCUGGACCAGGAGACCAAAAUCAACGACGGGUCAUUCAUUACAAAGUGGACCAUUCGGCGUGAAAAGCCAUGGCUACAAAAACAUCUCUGCUAAAAGUCAUUCUACUGGGCGACGGUGGCGUCGGGAAGAGCUCCCUCAUGAAUCGUUACGUCACCAACAAAUUUGACGCGCACCUUUUCCACACCAUCGGGGUGGAAUUCCUGAACAAAGACCUCGAAGUGGACGGCCACCAGGUUACGCUACAGAUCUGGGAUACUGCUGGCCAGGAGCGCUUCCGCAGCCUGAGGACUCCUUUCUACCGUGGCUCUGAUUGUUGCCUGCUCACCUUCAGCAUCGAUGACAGCCAGAGCUUCAUCAACUUGAACAACUGGAAGAAGGAGUUCAUCUACUAUGCCGACGUGAAGGAGCCAGAAACAUUCCCGUUCGUUGUCCUGGGGAACAAGCUGGAUGUGCCGGAGAGGCAGGUGACUCACGAGGAGGCUAAGCAGUGGUGCCACGAGAAUGGCGACUACCCUUACUUCGAGACCAGUGCUAAAGAUUCCACAAAUGUGAUGGUGGCCUUUGAGGAGGCCGUGCGCAGAGUGUUGGCGGUGGACGAGAGAACGGACCACCUCAUUCCCACAGACACGGUCAAGCUCCACAGGAAGCCUCGCUCUGCUGCCACUUGUUGCUCAUAGUAUCGAGGGGUUGUCGCACUAAUUUGCCGUCAUGGCAGAGUGAUGAAGUUGUGGGCACACAUGCUGUAAUAGCUUAUUUAAGGAAAACAUGUUCCUGGCUUUCUGGGUUUGUCCUACUGAAGGAUCAGUCGUACUAAAAUUUAGACUUCUUCCUAUUUAAAGAGAAAAUAAACACUAAUCCCAGUCUAAUUAUGUGGAAUAAUUAAUAGUUCAGAGAUGAAACAUCAGAAGACUUUAAAUUUAGUGUGAUCCCAAGAGAUGUUAUAAAUGUACCAGUAAAUUGACAUUAUUGCAAGGUCUCUCCCCCCCCCCCCCCCCCCCCCCCCCCCCACACACACAAAAAUGUUUUCACAGUUAAUCCCGCCCUUCUUUAAAUUUUAGAGGUGUACUAAAUAGAGUGAGGUUGGUUGUCUUAGGGUUUCUAAACUAUAUUCCUAAAUGCAAUGAAGGGUAAACUUGUACAUUUAGAGAAUGAUACCUGGAUAGAGUUUGUACAGAUGAACUUUAAUUCUGAGAAUUGUGUUGAACUAUUUAAUGUAACUAACAAAAUUGACACUUUUCAUCAGACCUUGAGGUCUUGUAUUUGUUCUGCAUUGUUGGAGUUUGACUGGAAGCACAGGGAUGCAAUCCCAAACAUAAAUAUUAAAGGUAAUGUGCAUGG